AUGAUCCCACCAGGGGAGUGCACGUAUGCUGGAAGGAAAAGAAGAAAGCCCGUUCAGAAACAGAGGCCCGCCACGGGGGCCGAGAAGUCAAACCCUUCCAAGAGGCACCGGGACCGGCUCAAUGCCGAGCUGGACCACCUGGCCAGCCUGCUGCCGCUUCCUCCCGACAUUGUGUCUAAGCUAGACAAGCUUUCUGUCCUGCGUCUCAGCGUCAGCUACCUCAGGGUGAAGAGCUUCUUCCAAGUCGUGCAAAGUGUGGGCCCACGGCAGCCAGGGGUCAGUGCCCCCUCCCCCGAAGACCGUGGUCUGAGCGCAAGAUCUGCUGUGCUGGAGGGAAGGCUGCUGCUGGAGUCUCUCGAUGGCUUUGCCCUGGUCGUGAGUGCAGAAGGCAUGAUAUUUUAUGCUUCAGCAACAAUCGUGGACUAUCUGGGCUUCCACCAGACGGAUGUGAUGCACCAAAACAUUUAUGACUAUAUCCACGUGGAUGACCGCCAGGACUUCUGCCGGCAGCUCCACUGGGCCAUGGACCCUCCCCACGUGGUGUUUGGGCAGCCCCUGCACUCAGAGACAGGUGGGUCUUUGGAGGACGCCGUCCUGGGGAGGCUGCUGCGCGCGCAGGAGGGAGGCGCGGGCUCGCCCACGGACUUCUCGGCCUUCCUGACGCGCUGCUUCGUGUGCCGCGUGCGCUGCCUGCUGGACAGCACCUCGGGCUUUCUGACGAUGCAAUUUCAAGGAAAACUAAAAUUCCUGUUUGGACAGAAGAGGAAAGCGCCGUCGGGGACUGUCCUGCCCCCUCGGCUCUCACUGUUCUGCAUCGUGGUGCCUGUCCUCCUGCCCUCUGUGGCGGAGAUGAAAAUGAAGAGCGCGUUUUUGAGGGUGAAGCACAGGAUGGACGUCUCAGCCUCUAUGGACACAAAAGCAAGAGCUGCUACAAGUCCAUGUGAACCAGAAUUCCACGGGAAACCCAGUUACUUUGCAGGGAGGAACAACGGAGAAAACAUUCCAGUGCUCAGGACACAGGCGGAUGCAGGACGCUGGGCCCGGGUUCCAGCCAGGGCCCCAUGUCUGUGCCUCAGAAACGGCCCUGACCUCGUUUCUGACCCUGAGGGGGCCGCAGGGGACAGGUCAGGAGACGAGCACGGGAGGGUGCCCAGCGGCUCCUCAGGAGCCAGGGGUCGGAGGGAGAUACAUGCAUACAGUUGCUGCUUUGAGGCACCGGGACCCGUGAAGCACCUGAGCUGGAUGACAGGGAAACAUGGCCAGGAUGGGGGUACCAAGCUGAAGCUGGAGCCCAGCAAGAGUGACCCGUUCUCCAUGCGUGCUGUGUCCCUUGGUUCCUGCGUGCCCUGCCCAGGCGUUCAGGGCGCUGUCCACACCAGUGGGGUAACUGCUUUCAGGAAUUCACCCAGUUGUCACCCAGGAAGCCAUUCUCCCAGUGCCUACACCAGCCGCACCAGCCGCACCAGCAGAGCUUUGCGGGACAGCGAUCAGGGCCAGGUGCACCCUCCACCCAGCUGCCCCUUCCCCCAAGGGAGCCUGGACAAUGGGUUUCCUCAGCCCAGAGGGCAGCGUCUUACAGCAGUGGGCCAUUCUAUCGAGGACACCAAGUUUCGAGGUGGGCCAAUGCCCUCGGGAGCUCCGUGCAACCCCAUCUUGUCACUUGAUGUGCCCAUCAAGAUGGAGACUGACUCUGGGUCUGAGGAUGCAGCAGAUGGCUACUCCAUGUCCCCAAGCCAGGUGUGGUUGGGAGCCAGUGGUAUGGCCAAGAGACAGCUGGUCACUUUCCCUACCAGGAUGCACCUGAAAACAGAGCCGGAAGCCAGGCACCACCUGUAUGCUCCGCACCUGGGGCACAGCUUGCUGGAAGCUCACCCGAGUGGCAGGGCUCCGCUCAGACCCGGCAGGGAGCUGGCCCCCUUCCACCCCGCACACUGUGCAUGCCUGGAGCAUGUGCAUGGUCUUCCUGAGCCAGAUCGUCCCCACCACUUCUGUGCACAGGGUCACCAGCCCCCUGCACUGGGCUGUGACUGCAGAGCUCCGGGGACUACGCCCAUCGUCAAACGAGAGCCCCUGGACUCACCGCUAUGGGCCAGUCACAGCCAGGGCGGGGUGCCUGGAAUGUUCCCCAAAAGUGCUGUGGCAACUCUGAUGCCUCCCAAAGCGCCCGAGUGUGCUUUCCUGCCAUAA